AUGGAGGACACUAAUUUGAGUCAGCAUACAGAGAUGGAAGGAAACGACCAAGUAGGCUCUGAAACACCAGUUGCAGAGGAAUCAAAAGUUGAAAAUUUUCCACAAAAUAAUGGUGAAACAAAAGCUGAGAAAAUGGCAUUGGGUGAACAGAGGGCUGGGCCAAUAAUUCCUGAGGAAAAAAUAUCCUUCGAUAUAUUUUGCUAUUUAAUUGGAAAAUAUAAAAAACAUGGAUUAUAUUAUGAAGAAAUGGAUCGAUUUUUAGCAUACGUUAAAAGAAGGAGAAUGAAACUUAGAAGAAAUGUUUUAAAUAAAGUUAAAAAAGUUGGAAAUAAAUAUAUAUCAAAAAUAUAUGAACCUGAUAUAUUAAAUAAUAAAUAUUUUGAAUUACUACUUUUAGAUGUUGAAAUGUGUAGAGCUAGAUAUGUAAAAGUUAAAACCGAUGUAAAUAAUUUAAAAGCACCAUAUAGAUCUAAAUAUUGUUAUUUAAGAAGAUUAAAAAAAGGGUUAGAUAAAAUAAAGUUUUUAAUUAAUUCCAUAAGUAAAGCAAUUGAUAAAAAUACGGAAUUACAAAUAAAAUGUUAUCAUGCAUAUAUUGAAAUUGCAUACCUUUUAGAAAUAAAAAAAUAUGAAGAAUGUUUAUCUAAAAUUGUUGAAUUUUCAAAACUUGUCAAAUUAAUAAAAAGAAUUACAAUAAAUAGUGUAGCAUCUAAUGUAAGUAAUACAAAUGUAGAACAUAACAGUCAUAAGAAAAAUGACGAAGAAAAUUUAAAUGAAAACAUUUUAAUGGAAAAAAGUAAACUAUUUUUAGAUGAAGAAAAAAGAAUAAAUGAAAUUUAUGAAUAUUUUUUAUCUAAUGUAAAUUCAUAUGAGCGUAUAUGUUUAUAUAACAUUAAAAAGGAUAACAUAAACAAAAGUAAUGAAAAAUUACAAGAAGAAGAUUUCGAAGAAGAAAAAGAUAAAGUAACAGAAAUAGAGGCAUAUCAAAAUGAUGGAAAAGAAUUAUUACAAAUAGAUUGUAUAGAUAAUACUAUUAUUAUUAAUAUAAAAAAUAAAAGUUACAAAUUAAUUAAUGAUGGAACUAAUGAUAGUAUAUUAAAAAUAAAAAAUAUUUUAGACAAUGAUAUAAAAACUGUUAUAGAAUAUGAUGAAAUAAUCGAAUUAAAUCAAAAUUUUAAUUUAAAUGAAGAAAUAAAAAAUAAUAAUUUUAUACUUUUUAAAUUUUUAGAUAAUUAUGAUUUAUCAUUUUUAAUAAAUAAAUAUGGAAAUAUAUUCUCAUUAUAUAAUAAUUGUUUAUCAAUAGUUCAUGAAGAAUUAGUUAAAUCAACUCAAGGUGAUUUAUCUACAAAUUCUAAUAAUAAAAAAUCUCAUAAUGAUAAUAUACUUAUGGAAAAAGUUUGGAAUAGUUUGGAAAAUCAUUUAUUGUCUGAAAAGUUAUAUAUAGACACAGAAAGAACAAUUAUAGUUUUAAUGAAGGGUUUAUAUAAUGUAUUAAAUAUGAAUAAUAAUUUAAAAGAAUUUAAUUUUGCUAAUAAAAAAACUUUAGAUGAUGUUGUAGAUAAAAUGCCAUUAUUACAUUCUACUUAUAGAUAUGCAGAUAUACUUAAACAAAAUAUUGAUGAAUUAAAAAAUAUUGAAAAUAUAGAUAUUUUUAUUAAUAUGCUACAAAUUAUUAAAAAUGUAAAAUCUUUUUCAUUAGCUUGUUAUUAUGCUUUAACUGAAAAAAAUGCAGAAGCAUAUGCAUUAUUUGAUUUAGUUAAAGGCAGAAAUUAUAUUUAUAUAAAUAUUGACAAUUCCCAAUAUUAUAAUAAUAAAUCAUUAUUACGAGUUUCAAUUUUAUUUAAUAGAUUACAAGAUAUUUUAUCAAUCCUUAAUAAUCAUUUUUAUUUUAAGCACUUAGCAAUUUAUGCAUUACAAAUAAAAACAAAAUCUACUAUCAAAGAUAGAACUCUAUUUAAUAUUGAUCAUACAUUAUUUGAACGCCAAAUGAAGCAAAUAUAUUUAAAUCCUAUAAAUGUUGAUAUGACACAAUUAUUCCUUGAGCCUUCCUUAUUAGGUAAAAACAUUCCCGAGGAAAAAAGAACAUCAGUAUUAAGGGGACUCAUACAAUCCUUUUGGAAGUAA